GUCGAUGACACCCUCAUCAUUAAACGUGAUGCCAGUGCAGACCAACAGCCGCCGCGCUGCGUCGACGACAAUCUCUCGUUCUCCUACUGUCCUUGCUAACAAACACCUUUGCAAUUGUGAAUCAAAUACACACUGCUGUCGCUGUUCAUCCAAGUCGAUGUCACGGAAGAACUGUUGUUGACGGAGACUUCGUUACCACCCUCUAAGCACAUUCCUGUUCCCCAAAGCUCGCUUGGCACGAGCCAAGAUGCCAGCGCUCACUGCGACUUCGCGCAGUACGCAGACCUCUUCCGACAGACUGGAGGACCAAGCGGCCUCUGCAGCUUUAUACAGAGACCACGAGACGCCCUCCAAGCAAAGCAGCGCAUCCGUUCUUGAUGAGGACGGCCGUCUCUCAUCUGCAAGUGCCGCACAAUCUUUGAGAUAUGCUCGAGCCCAAGAACUGCCUUCAUUUCCUUCGACUGGAGGAGUCAAAUUAGCCUCAGCCGGGGCCGCCGCAAGUCUUGCUGAUUCGAAUAAGAAACAAUUCGAGCACUGGACUCCUGGAACGAUACCGGCUGCAAAUCAAGCAGCAUCCAAGGCAAAAGACUAUGAGAUGGAUCCGGCCUGGAAGCCAGAACUAAGUCAGGCGGGUUCUCAGGCCGCCAUGGUCGCACACAAAGAUACUGCACCAGUGGACAUCUGGCAAGCUCCAGAGACGGACCAGGGCGCGUCUGCUGCCUCUUCUGCACUUCAAAACAAGAAGUCUCCCCCGGCGAUCACAAACAGAGAAGUCUCGACUGACAAUCGACAAAAGGCGCUUCUGGCAGCCACUAUGUCAAUGUCAAGAGGUAGACGUCGCGCCGAAUCAGCUCCUAUAAAACCGGCACAGCCUCCACCACAGGCAAGUAGCUCCGGGUGGGCAUUAAAGGCAGCAGAAUCCUCACAUCAAAGGAAACCUUCUGAUGCUUCGACACGGUUGACCCCGGAAACAUCCGGCGUUGAUGCAGCUAGAGUGCAAAACCUGGCUAAGCAUAAUGUCGACCGCCAGAUGUAUACGGCCAAUCCGCCCGUCGCAAUCGAAGUCGAAGAAAAGAACAGACAAGAUACGCUCCGAGCAUCCGCGAUAGCCAUGGCCCGCAAGAUGUACGCCAUUCAACAAGCUCAAAUCGACGAGGCGAAAGGAGUCCGGCGAUCAGAUAGCCACUAUGCAGCCAACAGUGCUCGGAGACGCGCACAAUCGGACGCGGCUAACCUAGCAGCAACACCUGACGAGCCGGCACCCAGAUAUGAGAAUCUGGAAGAGGCCGCUCGAAGGUUGGCGCAUGAACGCCUAUCGAAACUUCACGACGAGCAUGCCGAGUAUCGACAGUACUAUGGACAGCAAACGCCUCCGCCACGAUCUAGGCUCAGUCUACGGCGUGGUCGGCGGUCGUCGAGCCUUCGGGAGGACAGUGACUCGGACGAAGAGCAAUCCCGACGCAUCCGAGCCCAGAUGUCAUUGUUCCAGGGGAAGUUGGCGGAUGUGGAUAACAAGAAGCGGCAAGCCGACAGGGAUGCAUUGUUGGCCAUCGCGCAUAAGAAUGUUACCGCUCGCAUGAACGCAAUUGAUGAGCAAGUGUUCUCGGAGACCGGAAAGGUCACACCACAACAACGGGAGAUAUGGGAACGCCAAGCACGAGAACGCGCUCAACGAGAAAGCGACGAAAGACUGAUGCACGCAGGGAAAGUCCAUAUAGGAGGUGGAAAAUACCUUGAGCAGUCCGAAAUCGAAGAGAUUGCAAAGGCCAGGUUACAGCCUACAUUGGAUGAGAUCACAGAAAAGGCCGAGCAACAACGGGCAAGAGAUGAAGAGAUCAGAUUGGAACAGGAACGACUCAAGGCCGAACAGGCGACCGAAAAACAACGACAAGCAGAGACCAAAGCCGAGCUAAAGGCAGCAGCUGAACGGGAGAAGGCUGAGGCCAGGGCUCGCAAAGAAGAAGAAAAACGAGCCCAACAAGAACAGAAAAAUGCCGAAAAGGAACGACAAAAAGCCGAAAAAGACGAGAAGAGACAGUCAGCAGGGACGAAGCCUCGUCUGCUACCAAGUUUCCUCUCAAAGGGGCAGACCGGAACUGGCGUGGCAGACGCCACUGCGGAGCCUGCCGGCCACAGUGUCCAUGAUAAGGUUACAGUGGAUGCUGGCGAAGGCCCUCACGAUAUCGUAGCUCACGAGCAGGCAUCGGCCACGACACAAAAGGAAAUCGAAGAGGGUUCUGUCCCAGUGUACACGAAUCUGGGAGCUAAGGAGGAUGGCUCUAACCCAUUACCCUCUGGCCCCGAUCAUCCCGAGGAGCCUACUGCCCCGACGUCACCAUCCAAGCGAGAUUCAAGAGUGAAAUCGUGGUUCAAGAAAAUCCGGGGCGGAAGCAGAUCAGACAAUGAACUAAACGACAAACCCGAAGGGACGCAGACAGAGACACAACACCAGCACGUUACAAUCACCAGUACUGAUGACGCUGCCGAACCAACAGCCAAGGUUAGUGAGGAAAAGGAGGAAGGAGAAGGAGGCAAAGACAUGCCACGGUCCGACUCAAUGCGUGAUGUUGCCCUGGCUGGUCGGAACGACAAUGAAUCUGAUGAUAUGUAUGGGGCGCCAUCCCACACCGACGGCCGGGUGUCUCCACUUGUUGAAAAUGAAACAAACACAACGGCUGCCCCCGCCACUGGCAUGAAGACUGGACCUGGUCCGGCGCUAGAAGCCGUGGAGAGUCUUGCAGAGAAGAAGUCGGCCUCGAUCAGCUCGCUAUCCGGCUCUUCCCAUCUCAGCCAAGAGCCGCAUGAGAUUGUCGCCGACGUCGCUUCGUCGAGAUACUCGACCGAUCUGCCGGCUAGCUCGAAGGAGGAGUCGGGUGUUGUGGAGCCGCCGGCCGCGCCACUUUCCGACACGGACGAAUCUGAGCAUCGAGGCAGAAAAGGAUUCGCCGAGAGGUUCCUGAGUAAAGUGCUGCCUGGAAGUCUUGUUCCUGGUCUCAGUCACAAGGAGGACGACGCAGCUGGCACCACGACCGGGUCCAAGGAAGACGCACACGCUGAGGCCUCCCACAAACAGGAAGAAGCUGGACACCAUGCGAAUCCAGAGCCCGAGAUUCUAGAAGAGACAGAACCGCUCCGCGAGAAAUUGGAUGAUCCCUCGACUUUGGCAUCGACCUCAGCCAACAAGGACGACGAGGAAGAUGAUGAUUUCGAAGAGGCUCGCGAUACGUUUGACGAGCAGCGUCUUGGCUCGUUGAACAGUAACAAUGCCAAGCCGAGCGCGAGUCCUGCCGGAAGCCGCAGUAGCAAUGCCACUGGAACGACUGGAGGAAGGGAAGGAAGUCGCUUUACUGAAGACUUGUAAGGUUGUUUCGGUAGAUAGGUAAUUGGGCAACCAGGCGUCAGAGCAGUUCGCAGGGAAACCAGUUUCAACAGAUUUGAUUUAUAAGAGACUGAGUGAGAGCAAUGAGUGGCGAGACGGAUUGGUUUGGGUGGGCGGAAUUGUUACGGUCAAUUUAUCGAACCUGGUAGUUUUGUUUGCCGACUUAUUUGCUUGUUUACUUGACUGUUUGCCUAUAUACAGGGCCGGGCCUCCUUAGGCCGUGUGUCGAACCUGGAUACCUCGACUCUACAAUGUUGAUUUGGUUCUUGCAGUUUGCGUUAAGGCUAGGUAUUAAUCAAUCAAUCCGUUAGUCAGACAGCCGGUCGAUCAGUAUAACUGCCUCGUUCUCAUCCUCGUUCACGCUUGCCUCGCUUCGAAAGCCGCCAUAGAGGAACCCGUGGAAAGAAUCAGGGCUUUCCUUGCCUCGUCGGCCAAAUUCAACUUCCAGAGAUGAAAUGUUUGGUUGAGGCAAACCAGCCAGGCAGUCCAUGGCGGUUGCUGUUGCUUGGCCAGCCUUGUCUCAGGCACAUCGAGAGCCGGCCUUGAGGUCGAUCGAUGGAUGGGAUGGAUAGAUCUGGUGUUCCUCCUUCGAGUGCUGAAUGAAUAUAUCACCAGCCAAUGCAGAUCUUGACGUCCGAGCACUUAAGCAGGCCAGUCAACACUCGACAUCGAGAGGACGAUAGUGAAGGCUUUGGCCCGCUGGGGAAAGCUGGUUGUUCUCUUCUGCUCCUUUCUCUUUCAGUCAGAUAAGUUCUCUUCCCACCCAAUUUUGCAAUCCAGUG